AACUAUAGUUUAAUGAACGGAAGCAGCUGUGGCAGAAAAAUACAUAACCCGCGUAAGCGGGUUCUGUAAAUUUUUUCUAAAUUUUUAAAUCUAAUAUAUUAAAUGUUUAUUAUAUAAUUUCUUCUACAAAAUAAGGCCAUUCCAAGUUUUUCUCUGUUUAGCGUCCACCCAUAUUUCAAAAACCUAGCUACAUAUUUGCAAAAAACACACAAGUCAAAAAAAUAAAACACAUAUUUCAUAGUAAGGCCAAAAUAAAUAAAUUGCUAGAUUUUCAUCCGAUUUUUUUUUUAAUCGAGGCGAUUGGGCGGCUUUUAUUUCAUAUUUUUUAAUUUUUUUUAAUUUUGCAAAUUUUUUAUUGACCUUGUCAAUCGGUGUAAUUUUAUCUACAAUACCCGAAUAAAAGUCAUAGUAAAGGUUCAAUUAUUGCUUACUUCUCAUUAUCACCAAUUUUUUUCUACCAAUGGCCCUUGUUUACAAUAUGUACGCAUGUAUAACAGCAAUCACCACCUUUUCAGCUGUUUAAAAUCAUGACGACUUUCGCGGGGUUUAAAACGAAAGUAGAAUGGUAGAUGAAUACCCAUCCCGAUCAGAAUUAAACCGUAGAAAAACAAAAAAUAAAAGAAAUAAAAGAAAUCGAGGAGGGCGGGGAUGAGAAUCUAUGAACAUUUUUAUUAUGGUCUAAUAAGAAUGAUGUAGUUCAAAAGAUACAAUUUUUUAAAAUCUUUUUUUCAUAAACAAAGUUAUUUUAUUCAGCAAAAUCAAAUUAUUAAAAACUGAAACUAUUCCAAUAAUGAAAAUUAUACAAAAAUUUAGAGAUAUUGCCAGAAGUCACAAAUUUUGACCUGAAUAAUGUAUUUUUGGACUCUUAAUUCUGUUUGUUUCUCUGACAUGGUGUGUCAAAAACCAAGGCGCUAAACAUAGAAAAAAAACUUGGAAUGGCCCAAAUACUAAUAAAACAUAUCUGAAUAUCAUUCUAAAUAAAUGUUGAUUUUUAGGGGGUAAAAAUUGUCUCCUCAUAAUUAUAUAUAUACCCUUAUACUCCUCUCUCUUUUAUAAUAGCUUAAUAUUUACAGUUAUGAUUAGAAAAAGAAAAAGAACUGUUCAAUACCAAGUGUUCCAGCCAAAUGGUAGAAAAAAGACUAUAACAGUUAAGGUUGGAGGUACAAAGACCGAAUCCACCUCCCCCUGCAGCACCCUUUCACCUCCUGCGUGUAAAAUACCAGAACCCAGUGUUCCUAUUGCUGAGAAUAAAAACAAGAAGUCCAGAGAUUACAAUGAAACAAAGCAGAGCAGAAUAACUGAGUGGACCAGAGUCAUGCCUCUGCUUACAAAAGCCCAACUAGAGUCUUUCUGUCCAACAACUAACGACUGCUCCGUAUGUCAUCAACAACUCACAGAAAAGUUCAGGUGCAUCGAUUGUAUGCGAGAUCCAGUCUGCUUGAGCUGCCUGCAGGCUGCACAUGGCAGACCUCACUUACAUAUCUUUGAAGGAUGGAAGAAUGGGACCUAUCUCGGAUAUGACUGCGAGACUCCCACCUGGAAACGAGAGUCCCAUGAAUGCAACUCUCUCUAUUCAAAAACUUUGGCUGUGGUGGAUUCUUUAGGCCGACAACACAAGAGGACAAUUCUUUUUUGCCGAUGUGAACCAGAGGCUGUUACACUGGUGCGUCAUCAACUCUGGCCAUCUUCUCCAAAAAACCCUACCAUAGCAUUUGACUUUGAGCUGAUGAAAUGGUUUUAUGGUUUGUUGUUGGAGGGUCAUCUUAGUCUCAGAAGUUUCGUCACAGCCCUUUCCACACCUCAAUCCAAACAUGAAGUUGGCUAUACCAAAAAAGAGAUUUUGAACGUGUACAAAGUAAUGGUUACAGAAACCACAGAGCAAUUUAGAUAUUUUUGGUAUCAGCAACAGUAUGGUGAUGUUGGGCAAAUUAAAUUAGACAAUGGCACAGAAUGCCCUGCAUGUUUUAAGAUGGACACAAAAGUUUUUUCAAUGGAUGCCGACUUCCAACUUGUGCGUAAAAAUUCAUCUGGAAAAUCUUGGGAACAGCCUAAGCAUUCUGGACAAUUUUUUCUUGAGCAGGAAUCUGUUGACUCUUUUAUCAGCAGCCUUCAAAGUACAGCAGCUGAAAAAAAUGCACAACCAGUACAUGACUGUCAUGAAUUCCAAGCAGGAAAUGCCUUGCGCUCAAAGGUGAAAAACAGCAAACUGUCUGAAACUGCUGUUUUUGGUUCUGUAUGUCGUCAUGAAUUUCCUCAUGCAUUCUUUAGUCUUCGUCAUGGAGAAAGGCUCGGAUACCCUAUCUUUCUGCUUCAGCACAUUCUCCAAACACAUCCAGUCCACACAAAAAUCCAUGUCACAUAUGACAUAGCUUGUGUGCUUGAAAAACAUUUAAAGGUAUGAAACAACUGAUUUAAA